AGAAUCCAUCACAGAAACAAACCGCCCCCUCCCACUCCGAGAGCCCCCGCUUCACAUGCAACUCAAAAUACAUAAAGCCUCCAUGUUGCACGGGGAAUGUAGGGCCGGUAGAUAUUAACUGUCUGCCUCAAAGUGUUAGCUAACUUUAAGGUCCAACAACUUGCAUGUUUUGGGGCAAGAACAAUCGUCCGACGGGCUUCCCAGUGUUUUCACCGCUGUUCGAGGACGGCCUCACAUUUUGGGAUAUCUGAGCUUCAAGGCUAACUCGCUAAACCAAGCUACUUGCUAACUUCAGCUAGUUAGCAAGUCAACGUCGCUUGUUUCUUUUUUGUUAGAUUUACGCGCUUUUGGUUUUGUCCUCAAAAUUCUUGCACACAGCUAUGAUAUAUUGCGGAAAGCCAUAAAUGUCAGCCAUCCACAGGCUUCCUGUAAACACCGUGCUAGCUGGCUGGCUAACACCGCUGACACAACACUUCGCCCCGGACGCUUGCCUGGCUUUGUGGGCUGGCUGGUCAUCCUCUUAAACUGCUAGCUAACGGCAGCUAGCAAGCACCUUAGUACAAGUAACAGUGUGGGAUAUAAAACAGGAAUAUCCAUUCGCCUCAAUGGACCACAUGUCCAUAAUAACCCAAGUUUCCAACCCAAAGGAGGAGGAAAUAAUAUCCUUCAAUCAGGAAAAAGGUAAGGAAAAGUCUGUUACCAGAACUAGCGCUAGCUGGCUAACUAACGUUACUUUUCACAAAUGACAUUAGCUCAUAGUUAGCCGCGUUAUCUGCUGAAACUGGUUAGCUGCUGGUGGAAGUCCCACUAAAAAUAUCUCGAAUACAGCCAGAUUUAGGUUACACUGCCUUGGUACGCAACAAGUUUAUCAACAAGUUUAUCCUCUUUCACAAGUUAUCCCAACACUAUUACGUUUGGCCGUUUGAUUGAAGGUUCACCAGUGUGCCGUUAGAGUGAAGGUGUACUAACGUGCUGUUAAACUGAAGGGUCACUAAUCGAAAUGGUUCUCUGUUUCUGUUUGGGCCACAUAACGGCACUCAUGGACUGAUAGGUUGACUCACUACAUGAAUCACGACCGCAAGAGCCAAAAAGUUCAUGGUGGUUUUUGCUGCAGACGUUUUAUUUUAACGCUGGCAGUGGAAAAGUUAAAUGCGGUCACUCUUGCCUAAUGUAAAACUUUCGGGCAAGUUGUGAGGCAUUUUCCCUGAUGGAUGAAGUUUUGAUAUGGUCUGCGGAAACCUUGUAUGAUGCACAGAUUUACACUCACCUGCCACAACACCAGGGACAACUAAGCAAUGUAGUGCAACCUAGCACAGUAGCUCCACGAUAAAUUCUACUUUUACAGCGCUUGUACAUUUUCAGUUUUGAUGACUUAUUCCUGGUAUUAAUUGUAAAGUGUAGCAGAUGUUGGUGUUGUGAUGGAGAGCAUUAUACUGAAAAGUAUUCCUUGUUCCUUCCUUGUGUUUGUUAAUGAAAUGAUUGAAUAUAAGGAACACAUAACACUGCUGAGCGCACUAUCACUACCUCCUACUGUGUCAAUAAUCACCUGUCUGAUCAUGUCAGUAAAAACGAGAAUGGUUGGAAGCUUUCUGGAAGUAGAAUUUAUAGUAGAGCCUGCGGUUUGGGUUACAUCAGAUUGCCCAGUUGUUCAUACUAGUAUGGCUGGUUGGUGGAUAUUGUCAUCUGCUAAUAUGCUUUUGUUUAGGGGUGAAUUUAUGGAGUUGUUGCACAACACCCAAUGCUUUGAUUAUAUCCCGAUCCAGCAGUUUUUAGAUAGUUGAUCAAUUGCAAGAUAUUGACAUAAUCAUACAUAACAAUAUUUGAGCAAGUCCAGAAUACAAAUGUUUCUCUGGGUGCAGUAUGCAGUGGCAUGUAACACAUCAGUCAGGAUGAGUUAGGGAGCGUUUUAAUCUAGAUUCUAACAUAAAAAAUAUUCCCAUUUCUCACAUUAUACCUUUUAAAAAUCAGCAAGAUAAAAGCAGCAGCAAACAGUGAGUUUUAUUGAAAGUGAAAUGAUGACAGACAGGGAUGUAUUAUUUUUGAUAAGAACAGAUGUAUUGCAGGUCAUUUGACAGUACAUUAUAGGUCAGGGCAAUGAAAUAGAAAUGUAUCAUUUUAUCUCCCCCUCCAGUUCUAGCUGUACCAUGUUGGACAGAGUAAAGUUUUUCCCUCCAAAUUUGCUUCCUAGCUUCAAGACCGUAGCUGCGUAUGUUCAUUCAGACUCAUACCUGGGACUGCACAGGCAUUUUCCGGGUCACACAGGCCCACGGGACAUGUAUCUGUAUCACAUCUCAACCCUCACAUGUCAGUCCAUUAGUAAUGCGAGAACUUCAGUCUUUCAGGCACGACAAUGCUUUCUCCUGAGGGAACAAAGGUAUCCCUCAGCAAGGACCACAGAUUUGAUGUAACUUGAACAUAUGAGCAUGUCAUUUGAAAUAUUAUCAUUUCAGGUAUAUCAGAGUUUGGAAGAAUGUCAUUGCAGGUUGGGAUUUGACUCAUGCAGUAUAAAAUGUAUGUGCUCAAACUUCUGUAACUGAUGCUGUACUUUGUGAAUACUUGUAAAUGGCUCUGAAAAGACGUUUUGAAGGUCUUGCCUUUACAAAAGUCACAAUUUGAUACUUUUGAUUCUUUUAUUGUGCUGGGAAAAGUGAUGUGUAGGUCAUUUGUGGUCACAGGGUAUGAGUAGUGCUGAAAUGAUUAGUCAGUGAAGUGGUUGGCGUGGUAGAGUGGGAAUUCAACUGAAUAAAUCGUAUAACAAACUACUCCAGCGAAAAAUAUAAGACAGCGUAGCAUGUGUUUUUUUUUUUUUAAAGAUGAGUCAUCUUUUCCAUGUUAAUUGUUUGAUUUCCAAGUAAGUGUAAGGAUUCUUUCAGACUAAUGACACAGAUGUUUCCUCAAGGUAAUAUUAAGAGAUUUUCUGUUGUUUUGAAUAUUAAGUCAAGUGCAUCAAAGUGUUUGCUCAGUUUGUUCAUGCUUCUCAGGGACACAUUGUAGAUCCUGCCGCAACUAUAAUGAUAGAAGUGUGAAUACCAUUGAACACAGUCUCCCCAAGAAUUAAACCUUCUGCAUGGAAAUUAAAUCCAAUGUUGAUCUGAGUUAUGUUACACAGGACACAGUGAGUUAGUGUAAAAAGUGGAGCAGUGUUGUUUCUGUUUGUUUCCUACCUCUCUGCUUUCUUCUGAGUAUGAGUCAUGCACUGUUCUUUCCUUGGGGCCGAGUCAAAUAUUACCUUCAUUAUAGGAAUAGAACAGUCAUAGCCUUUCUUCCAUUUGUUCUACACUUUUUUGAAAACUGCAGAUUUUGAGAGCAAGGGGCAGAGUUAUCGGAUGUAAAAAUGGACAUGACUGAGAGCUAAAAAAAAAAAAAAAGGGAGAAAAACUUUUUCUAAGUUUACUGAGCUCAAUUUUUAGUUUGAAUAUAGGUAGUCAGUGUGAGUCUCUUAUCUGUUCAAAUAACUUAACAUGCGGCCCAUCCCAGCAGCUGUCCUGGAGGAAUUUAACAGGUAGUCUUCUGCUGCUUGAACAGGCUCCAAACUGUCUGGACAAAAAUUGACCACCUUUGCUCUUGGUGUGUCUCUGCUGACUGUCUUAGGACAUGUGCCUGCCUUCCACACUGGUUUAGCUGCCAAGCAGCAGACUAAAUAUAGACUUGCUGCCCUGUUGGCCAGAGCACCACUGACCUCGAGGCCCAGAGUAACGACUAGCAAAGAUGACAAUAAUCUUUUUUUAUUCUCACAGUCAUACUCGACUUACGUUUGGGAAAAAAAAACUCUUUGAAAAGAAGAUAAUAGAGGCUGUGGUGUCAGUGGCUUUUUCUUGUUUGGUCUUGGGAGGAUGUUUGGGAGGAGUAUUUAAACUAAUUAAGUUUUCACUCAUCGUAUUUAUGUGCUAAGACUCGAAUGCCCUAGUAAGAUGAAUGGGUGGCUUUUAUCUUACACCCCUUCCUCCUCCAGUUGCUAAGGAGUCAAACUGUACUAAGACGGACCUAUGUGGGUGGGGCACACAUUGAACAUCACUGUUGUAAAGAUCACUGUGAAGUGACUGUCUUUGUAAAUUCAGCCUCCUUUUUUCUCAAAAUAUUUUGUUUUAAAUUAAAAACAUAUCAUACAACGUCAUUUCUAGGAUUCCCUUGUAUUAAUCACAUGGCACCAUAAAGAUACACAGAUUUAUUUUAAAAUGUGUAUUGCAAAUUUAAUGUCAAAACUCUUCGGGAUAAAAAAAGGAUGUUCUCUGAGGUUAUAUAAUCUUCCUAACACAGGUAGAAGUGAGGAAUAUUACAUAACGUUGAUUGUCCCUGGGUGAAAAAUCACAUGAUAACCUUUUCCUUCUCAAACAUAGAACAUGAUAAAUGAUUGUCAGAGAAAUAUAAAAAGUAUUCAAGCACAUACACAUUUUAUGUUGUUGUAAACAGCUGCUGAUCCUCAUUAUGACAAACAAGGUGCUGUGGCACCAAGUUUAUCCAAAACAUGAAUCUACAGACAGUCGUGGCUUUCUGGCUGAGUUUUGCAUGCACACUUUGUGACUGUGUGGGUGUCUUCACUGAGCACAAAUACAUGGCACAGGCCACAAGUGUAGGAAAAUAAAACAAUGGAGGCAAAUUGCAGUCACUUUUGCUGAACUCUGUCACCUGUGGCUUAGUGUACAAGUCCACUAUCUUCAACAGCAUGAUACCAGUUCCUGUUGUCUACAUGUCGAAGCACCCUUGGGUGAGAUGCUGAACCCUGUAAUGCUCCAAGUGGCAAAGUCAGAGCAGAGGCAUAUGAACAUGUUUGAAUGGGAUUAGUCAUCACUUAUUGGAAACUUACAUGGCAUCUUUUGCCAUCGGUGUGUGUGUGUGUAUGUGUGUGUGUGUGUUAGUAUUGCUUAAUUGGUCAGAAGCACUGUGGUUUUUUUUUUAUUUUUUUAUGGUUAGCACAUAAUUUUCUGUUUAUUUACUUUUCCAAAUUGAUCAGUCACAUUGUCGCUACUGGCCCUUGGUUAGUAGGUGAUCCUAAAAACCUGUCCAUCAGUUUUACCAACAAUAACACGUUCUUCACUUACAGUAUGUUUAUUUAGUAGUGGGACAAGCCUCUGCCAAUAAUUCAGUUGUACUUGUACCCUUACGAUUUGAUUUUUAUUGUGGAAUUUUAAGAGCAACGGGUGUGGAGCUGGAGUCAGCUGUGUUUUUUUAUGUAUCAGUUAGGAGGCUCACAUUAUGAGGCUAAUGGGGACAUAUCACACAUACAUUGUUGUUGUCAUGUAUGUUCAAGAUAUGUGUGAGUAGUAAAGCUGCAGUGGGUAGUAUGUAGUGACAUUUAACAGAACAGAGUUGAUGAAAGAAACGAAAAAUAAUAAUUAUUAAUAUGUUUAAAUGAGUGUGUAUAAAAAUCCCUUAUCAUAAUGAGCAUUUCAUAUCUUUAUAGAAAAGCUCCCAAUUCAUAAAGCUUACUGUCGUGCACUGCGCUAUGUGAGUAUUACUGCACCUAAUGAUGGUUAAUCCUUUUUGACAACCCUGGAACAUGUAUUGAAAAUGUAUUGAACAUUUGCAACCUAAUCAAUUAAACCCUCUCAUUAGUGCAUACCUCCGCUCUCUUGACUCCAGGUGAGUGCUGUGUGUUUGAGGCCCACCUCUGCUCGGUGAGUGUCAGUCAUGCUGUGUGGUUUCUGGGGGUCUUUGUGUGCAGGAAUCAGUCACUUGAACUGAUGAGUCACAGGAGGCUGACAACUGUCCCAGUUUUACAGUGAUGCCGAGCUGAGGUGACAGGACAAAGUCCACUUUAACAAAGGAAGUCAUUGACUCUGAUUAGGUUAUUUUUGGAUAUAAACCCAGCUUAUUAUAACAGAUAUGAUUAUGCUUGAGCUUACUUCUCUGAAGCUUUGAGGAGAUCACAGCGUAACUUUCUCAGUUUUUUGAAAGCUAUUUCAUUAUGUCGAGGAGAAAGUAUUGACUGACUUCAUGCUUGUAUGAUAUUUCCAAAUAGAUCUUUACAUCAGCUUAUUAGUUCUGUAUUGUGUGAUUGAUGCAGGGUUGUGUAAAUGUUUGGUAUUUCCAAGAGGGUAUGGUCAGAUUGUGGUCUUAAUUGUCUGGAAACACUGGGCCAAAGCUGGAGUAUCAUGUUUGUUUCUGGUCCUCUUCCCUUUCUCUUUUCACUCUUUUCUGUCUUGGCAUUUCCAUUUGGCUCACACCAAAAGAGAGGGAUGACUUGCAUUUAAAAAAAAAGUGGUGAACAGGGCAUGUUUUCCAUAGACAGGGUCAAAAAAAGUCUACGUAUGUGGCCAUUUUAAUAUGUUAUAGCAGAACUCAAAAUAGUGAAGGGCUUUUGCAGAAAAUGAUUUACCCUCAGUGAUUGAGGGUGGUGCAAAAACAUUUUUUUAUUCUCACUCUUUUUUAAUUGCUAUUUUCACCUGGUUUUACUGCUGUAUAAAUGCAAGGCUAUCUUGGCAGCAGCUUUGGGGUAUUAAUGCUUUUACACCUGUGCUUGGCAGAUUAUCAAAAAGGCCUGAGUGAGACUGUACUUUUUGCUGUCACCUCCCUGAGCUGUGUAGGUAUGGGACUGAUGAGACUGUUCCACUGAUGAAAGUCGCAAUGUUCUCAAACUUGUAAAAGUGAAAUUGUUCGACUUUGUUUCCUCUUUGAACACUGUAAGUAUUCUGUAGAAGCAAAAGAGGACAAACGUUUGAGAGAGGCUACACUCGUCAUUUUCACCCUGACAUUUAAUGAAGCCUCACCACCCCCAUAACUUAAUUUGUCAUUACAUUGUUGCAGUGUUGCAAUAUUACAGUUACCACAACAGCUUGAAGCACAUCUUAAAAAUUCCACAGUAAUCCUCUUGUUUCUCUCUCCAUCCUUCUCCAUACUCCACAGCAUUGUCUAUGACAGUGGUUCUCAAGUCCAGCCCUCGAGGCCCACUGUCCUGCAUGUUUUGGAUGUUUUCCUGCUCCGACACACCUGAUUCAAAUGAUCAGCUCGUUAACAAGCUCUGAAAUGGCUUAAUAACGAGCUGAUCAUUUGAAUCAGGUGUGUUGGAGCAGGGAAACAUCCAAAACAUGCAGGACAGUAGGCCUUGAGGACUGGAUUUGAGAACCACUGGUCUAUAAUAUAAUGAUAACAUGAGUUAUGCCAUUACAGUAAUACAAGGGCUGUCAGCAUUGACACAUAAAUUGUGAGGUAAUCAAAGUCCAAAAUAAAGACUUAACGUUUGUGUGCUAUUUGUCCCCUUCGACACACCGUAGUUAAGCUGCUCCUGCUGCUGCCGAGACGGAAAAUAAUAAGUGUUCUUUUAAAUGGUCCUUUGCUCUUUGAAAAAAGCCUGCCGGAUGGCUCAGUUAACAAGUCGAAAGUAAAACAAUUUGUGUCAAAUGUUAUUACUGAAAUAGUUUGUGUUAGAGCUUCCUCCUACGAGCACCUAAGCACAGGCGCAACUAACAGGACUGAUGUCAGCAGGCAACUGCAUCACAGAGGGCCAGCAGAACACUACUGGAGUGUGAGAGUGGCAACAGACAUGUGGAUGAAACGCUUCAAAACGGUCUCUUCUUGCUUCUAAACCAAGGUUUCAGACCACGGCAGCAUUUCUUUUAAUAAUCCCGAUCCAAUUGUUUUGGCUGAUACUGAGUCCUGAUCUGAUACUCGUAUUUGCUAGGCCCAAAGAGCUGCUGUCCUGCUUUUUUGGGUUUGUUUACAAAAAUAACCAGAGUAAACAAAGUCACUGUAAGAUGUCUUUCCAUUUAACUUAACCCAGCAAACAUUGUUUGAUCGUUCGAUGUGCUCGACACGCAAUACUCCUCGCUGAGGCAAAAAUGCGGUGAACACAACUUGGUACAGUGUUGUGAGGAUCACUGUGGCAGAGCUCACCUGCUCGACCAAGACUGUAAAUAUUAGACAUUCGAUCUGCUUCCUUACAUUGUUUGGCCAAGCACUGGCUGUAGCUCCACAUGGAUGUUUAUUAUUUUUUAUGAAGUGAAUCCAGAACACUCUGUUACACCAAGUCACUCACAGUUAAGCAUAAUGCUUCGUAUUAUGGUCAGUUAAAGUUGACAAAUACGAUCGUGGUGAGAUGAUCAGAAAUUAACUUCUUUAAUGAAAUGAUUUCUCACAAUAAAAAAAGAUUAAAAAAAGAUCUCAUUUCAUUUUCUGACAAAAAAAUAAAAUAACAAAAUCAAGUACCAGCCAGAUGCAGUUCCUCCUGCCCUGUAAGCCCCAGCUUGACUGGUGGUUGUGAAGGGAAAUGACAGAGAUCUGGGAGUAUGUGAUCUAAUGUUGUUGACCUCCUGUAACUCUGUCAGUGUCUGUUAACAUUUCUGAGUAUUUUAAGCAGUGGGAAAUAAAAUAGAAGUACUGGUAAUUUGAUACAGUCAAAGCCACCCUAUUCACAAUAUUUACAGUCUUUUAUUUUUAUUCAUAAAAACAUGGUGGGGCUGAAUUAAUUGAAAAGAUUACUGGUAUAAUAUAAGUUUAAAGUCUUUUUCUUGACAUGCACAUUGUUUAUCAUUGGCUUGUUUCCGUGACAGGCACUUUGAUGUUUCUUCAUCAGGCAGUGUUUCCUAUGACAGGUGCCUGUUGGGUUUUGUUUUUAAGGUCAGGAGCACUAAGUGGCACCACAUCAAAAUGCCUAAAGACAUGACAUAAUGCUGUGUGCUCUUCACUUGUCUUCUUCAGUUGCAAAAGCAUUCUGGUUGUGUUGGCUGAGGACUGAGCAGGGGGGAACGAAUGGGUGGAGAGGAAUGCAGCCUUGUAUAGACCCUGCGUGGGUCUGAGGGGCCUCCCACAUCCUCCCUCCCUCACUUUCUCCCUCCCUCCCUCCCCUUUAGUUCAUGUCCAGGCUGCUUCAGUCACUCACCUGCCAGCUGAAACAUGGGAGGGAAACAUAAGCAACCGUUCAAAAUGGAGACUCCUGAGCCAAUCAGGUGACAGGACCCACAGGCGGGUGCUAACCAGGAGGAGGGAGGGGGCGCCGUCUCCAACCUGUCACUAUUAAUACAAGCCGGGAGUCAGAUUUAGGCCCUGCUGUGAAGUCCUGGAAUGAGAGGCGAUUUGCAAUCAGAGCAGAGCAGAGCAUGCUCUGAACUGUCGCUAUGUGUGACUGAUGCAGUCACUCAGCCAGCCAAGUUAUUUUCUGAUCAGUGCUUUUGCCAAGUGGAGGCAACAAAACCAACACUAAUGCCAUUUAAUCACUUUGUCAAGGUCUCACCUAUUGUUGUGAUUGAGAGCAGUUCACACCAGCGGGGUCACUCAGGAGAAAUAUAACGAACCUAGAACUGUUUGUUCACAGUUAUUCAAACAGCAUCCACAGCUCAGCAUGCAAAUCACUUAAUAAAAACACUACUCAUCGUCAGCUUGCUCCAUUUUUUAUGACAACUAUUUAGCAUAACCACUUGUUCACCCUCCGCUCUCCCACCCCUCUCUGUUGUUUUGACAGCGUCCCAGUCGAACAGCAGCCUAAAGAAGCAGAGGAGCCGGAGCAUCUUCAGCACAUUCUUCUGCUGCUUCCGCAAUUACAAUGUGGAACCGCCAGCCAACAACACCAACACCAGCUCCCUGCCUCCACCUGUUGAGGAGAACGGGUCUCCUCCCAAGGUGAGCGGCUGCUCCUCCCAAAACACACUAAAUGUUUGUUUCCUUUUCCCUGUGAACUCUCUUUUUGUCUCUUUUUUUGUUCUCCUGCCUACCCCUCACCCUGUUUUUGUAUGUUUGUGUCUGUCUCUCUUGUGUUAUAGUGUGACCAGGUCGAGGUCAUCCCUGUCCCUAGUGUAUGUAUUGCCUUUUAUUUCCUUUCCUCUGCAUGCAGGCUGAGUGGGCUGGUGCUGGCACAUCCUGUCUGUGUGGGCUCCAGUGCUCCUCAGAGAGCUUCUGCUCUGUUAUCCUACUGCGGCUCAUUUUCAGCCGAUAGUUUUUCGCUGGCUUUUGGAAGGUGUAAAUACACCUGUGGGUUUAAAUGGUGCCACGGUGGCUGAUCUGCAUGAGUGACACUCUGUGGUUUGUAUGCUUUCAGAAAAAGAGUGACACUAACCGUCUAACAAGUUCAGUUUCAAGCUGUGCCUAUUAAUCAGAUGCUUCUACACAAGAAGGAAAUCCACUUACUGUGCUUCUGAUCCAAACCACUGAAGAAUUACAGAGAGAGUUAAACUCCAAAGUAUCUUUGAGUCCUUAGAUUUAAUUCUUCAACUAAGCAGUUAAACUUUUAUAUCUUGCCAGUCAAUGAAGGACUUAUAGGAAUACUGCAAUGUUGUUUGGCUGACAGACCAGACACAGCAUCCCCCAGUUACUCUGCGAAUGUAAACUCUCCAUUAAUAAUAAUAAGUGGAGGGUUUUUGGAUUAACCAUGUUCCCCCACAGAGGCACACUUCCUCUCCGGACUUCAUUCCAUUAUGUUUGAGCUUUUGAAAAACUCCCAAACUGAUAAGGUUGAAUUUUUACUGAUUUAGAUGAAACGAAGCAGCAGCCUUAGCAUGACCUAAUUCUGGGAGGAUGUGUUUUAUAUCUACAGAUCCACAGGAAAAAAAAGGGGGAUGAUUUGAAGUCCUGGAAGUUAGUCCUGAAAUUCAGCUUCCAGCCUUUAUAUCAAGAAUAAACUUGGCAGACAUUUUUCAUCCUAUAUCAAACAUGCAGGAUGUGACAGUCAUGAUGCACUACAGUGUACAGGAUAUCAUAAAGAUUAUCAUGUGUUAGAGGGAGCAACAUACCCCAUGUGAUCAAAUACAAUCUCAAACAAAGCUGAUCUUAACAAAACACACACUGAGGACCUAAAACAGGGAUGUGAGAGGAGAAGUAAAAUGUUCGUAGAAGUCUUAAAGUCAGUCAACAUGGGGUGUUUUUCUUCAUUACGACUUGGAGGUGUGUUCGUGCCUCUUAACUGUCUGUUGGCUCUGCGAUCAUAAUCACAAGUAUCAAUAUUUGAUAUGAUCAGGGCAGGGGCCUGAUGGGUCUAUGAGUAGUUUGGGAGUUUUAAACCAUUCGAGUCUAAAAGCUCCUUUAGUUCUUAGCCUGGUCUCACAGCUUUCCUCUCUUUGAGUAAGGUGUCUGUGUGGAGGAAGUCUCUCAUGUCCCUGAGUGGCCUGAAUGUGUUAGCUUAACUGAUGGGUUCAUUAAACACAUCGUCUGAGACAUUGCUUUAUCUAGCUGCAUUGUCACUCACAGAGACGCUCUUUCUAACACAGUGUUUGCUUUCUGCUCAGCCCUUGGACAUGAAGUUUGCUAAGAGUAAAUGUGAUUUCAUAGUCUCUGCUUUUUUGUCUCAACCAUUCUUCAUCUCUCCACAUACCUGACAUCAUCUGCCUUGUCUACCCUCCCCCAGCCACCAGCCAAAUACCUCCUACCUGAGAUGAUAAUAUCAGACUACGGCAAAAAGUGUGUGGUGAUUGACUUGGAUGAAACACUCGUCCACAGCUCAUUCAAGGUAAGAAGAGGCUUAACCUUGUGGUUUGAAGUUUGCUGGUAAUGUUUUGCAUCAGGUCUUUAACGCUCAGUACGGUUCUCUGGUUUGAGAUCUCACUGUCUACAGCUCUCCUGCUGUCUGCAUGUUUGCACUUUGCAGAGAUGGGCUGAUAAACACAAACAGAUUAACACAUGCAUUCAAAUGCACACACAGGUCCAUUGUAGUUAGAUUACCUAUGGUUACGCCAAGAUGCUCUACAGUAUAUGCUCUUCAUUAGUGUUGAUGCGGUUAAUGCUGAAGUAAUGAGUUCACUCUCCACUCGCCCUGCCCAGGUUAGUCAAUCUCCGAGGAAAUUCAGGUUGUGCUGUUAGAGUCGGACUAACAUGUACAUGUGUUUUAAAUGUCCACUUUUAGUCAGACUCAUGCAAAACAUUAAAUUAUUUACCAUCAGCUGAGUUUGGGAUUCUGAGCCGACCGAGAUUUCAGUCUUCAGCUGUCAUCACCGAAACAAAACACUCUGCUCAUUGAUGGAAACAUGCAUACGUUUGAAAAUACCUUUAUCAAUUUUCCUGCACCUCUGUCAGGCAUUUUGUGUGAAUAUUGUAAAUGAUUCACACAGAGAAAUAUGUGCUGCAUCCCUGACUUUUCAUAUCCAAUCCACAACCUGUAACCUGCUGCAAGCCAAAGCUGUGUCAGGCCAUUAGAUCACUGAGUAAAUACAGCCAGGAGAGGAGCAGGUGGUGGCGGGGUGCUGGAGUAACAACAGCAGCAAUAGUACUCUCUAGCAAAUUGGUUGUAGGGAUCAGCUGAUGAAGGUGCUGCAGUUUACUUUUAAGUUGUAACAAACAUCCAGAAAUGAAUGAUGAAGGUGGUCCUCGCCAUCCUUCUCCAUUUUGAGAGCCAGCUAAAGACUUAACUUUUGAAGUCUUGCUUUUAACUGAGUUUUCACUUAUUCAACCAACUCUAUUUAUCAGUGUGCUUUAUUUUAAAUCGUAGUAUAUUUGUGUUUGUGUUUUGUGUCAGUUUAUUUCUUAGCUGGUUUGUGUUAUCCAGUAGUAUUUUACUUUUUAUAGUCCUCAAGUUUUACCAGCGUUUCCUCAUUUUGGACUCAUAAUAGCGUUUCCUCAGUUCCUCGUUCUUUUAGUUCAUGUUUUUGUUUAUGUUGUUUCGUACUUUGUUCAUUUUUGUUUGUGUUAACCUUGGCCAUGAAUGAGGGUUUUGAUUGUUUUCAUUUUGUUUAGGUGGAGCACUGUCUGCUUCAUUUUGUUGACAUGAACUUAAAUGAAAAGUGCCAUACAACUUAAGUCUAAAUGAUUGAUUGAUUUUGCCACCUAGUCUCAGGAUGACCACCUUAUGGUUUGUUAAAACAGAUUUCUAAAAUGGUUGCAAGAGUGAAAAGGACAUGAGGAUGGUUUGAAAACUCCUUAAUUCCCACUGCCAGAGAUUUGGCAAUCUGUGACAUUCAGAGUGUUAGUGCUCCAAGCAGGACCUCUGCUGUUCACUUUAGGUACUACAGAAACCCUUUGAUGCCUCUGAUGAUCUGUUCUGUUUCCUCUCACAGCCCAUUAGCAAUGCUGAUUUCAUCGUUCCAGUGGAGAUCGAUGGUACUGUUCAUCAGGUAUUAAACACACAAUAAAAGGCUUUUUUUUCUGUAAAAAAAAUCUUUACUUUAGGGGCUACAGUCUACGUGUGUGACGGACCUGAAGACAACGGCUGUGAUCCAGUUCAAGUAAUCCAGGAUAGGCUGUUUGUAUCCUGGUUGGCCUAUUCAUGAUUACUUGCACUGGGUGGCAGCUACUUGACAAAGAGAGGAGGGUGGCCACACUGUGAGUGAGAAUGACUCUUUGAAGAGAAGUGUGCUCUAGUUGAAGCAUGAAGAGAGUGAUAGGUUUUGCAAUAACAUGCUCUGUAAUUGGACUGUUGAGGUUUGUGAAAAGUCUGGUUAGUUCUGUAUUUGUCUGACAGCUGUAUUUCAUCAUCAUCCUACCGUGGCCUAAAGUACAUGCUUCAUCCUGCAGGUUUAUGUGCUGAAGCGACCCCACGUAGAUGAGUUUCUCCAGAAGAUGGGCGAGCUCUUUGAAUGUGUGCUCUUUACAGCCAGUCUUGCCAAGGUGAGUUUAGCACUGACGUGUUAUCUUUCUUCCUGACAAGAGUUUUGGUAACAAGCCAAUGCCAGCCGUGGAAGUGCAUUUUUCAUUUCUUCGUUGUGCUCUUGUGUGUUUUUGUGUUUGUUGUCUGAGUUUCAAACUUCUCUACUUCACUCUCCAUCUAUGUGUCUCUGCGUCUUUAGCCAAUAAUGCAUGGGUAAGUUUGCUGAAUGCGACCAAGAAGUGACCACAUACAGGGUCUGAUGUUUCUGCUGUAGUUAAUGCUCCUCCUGCUGAGUUUAGAGCUGCAGUGUGUGUGUCAGUGGUGUUUGUUCAGUCAUAGUAUAGUAUUUCCUGAGGCAUCUUCCCUGUCAGGUAAACAGUGGUGAAUAUAGAGUAGCACUAAUGAGCUGUUUUAUUGGUCAAGGAUCACAAUACCUCUUCAAUUGUGAAUUGUUGUAGUUUUGUAGACGUUAAAUUCAGGACAUGUCUGCUGUUUGUUUCUAGCAGAGCUACAUAUUUGUGUUUGUUUGUCUUGGACAGUACGCAGACCCUGUGGCAGACCUGCUGGACCAGUGGGGUGUGUUCAGAGCGCGACUUUUCAGAGAAUCCUGCGUUUUUCACCGAGGAAACUAUGUGAAAGACCUCAGCCGGCUGGGAAGAGAGCUUAGCAAUGUUAUCAUUGUUGACAAUUCCCCCGCCUCAUACAUUUUCCACCCAGAAAACGCUGUAAGUGUCUGAAUAUCACCAUACCAACAAUACCACUGAUAUUUAAAUUAUUUCACAUUUUAACAAGUGACUCAUAACUAAAAAUUCCUGAGCUCAAGUCCAGGUCAUCUAGUCUGUGGAAAAUUGACUGAAAAAUGUACAAAUAUAUGAACAAAAUCAGAGUAAAAAUAUUUUUAGUGUUAAAACUGAGUACAAUGAAAGGUGUUAGAAGCUGUUAAAAACUUACUUUCAAUCAUUUAUUCAAAAAUGUGGAAGAUCAGGGAUUACCACUAAAUUGAAAAUUUAAAAAGUAUUUCAUAUUUGUUAUAAACAAACUCUUCUACUACAUACUCAGAACCUGUUUCACGAAAGCCCUCAAACUCGAAUAAUGAUGAUUUAAAUUUUACUCACACUAAAUUUCUUCCUCUUUUUGGAUGCUACUUCCUUAAUUUUAUGUCAAGAUGACCAUAAAUUACAGGAAGGUGGCUGGGUUGAGAAAGGAUUGCCACAGACUCUUCAUCUGACCCAUAAAUACUGUAGUAGAGCUGUCCACAGUGAUGCAAUGAUGUUGGUUUGAUAUUUACAUAUUUCUUUAUAUUGAUCAGGGGGACUUUGUUUCCUACAAAUAUUUUUGUUUAGAUACAAAAAUUUGUGAUAAAUCAAAGCUUCUGCGAGGAGCUUUUUGGAAUUAAUGAGAGAGGCUGAAGUGUAUAUAGGUGCAUGUUUAUGUCACAUAAAGUAAACAAGACCGUUAGUCACAAGACUGACGCUGUAAUAUGUGACGCAUGAAACAAGGGCAAGGGAGCAGGUGUCAGUGGAGCUGCUGGAGAAACAGCCCCUUUAUUUUCAUUUUACUGUAGUAUUUACUGUCAGAAGUCAGCAGGAUCAUCUUUUUGUCAAAAGGCAAGAAAAGCAAAGAAUUCUUUGUCCACAGGGAGCACCAAGCUGAAAGGUCCUCACAGGAGCUUUAAACUGUUGUGACAAAUUACUUUGAUGUAUUUAUUUAUUUUUAUCAGGGCUGCAAAUGUGUCAUUAUCUCAGUAUAAGCAUCAUGUACCAUGGCCAUGAACCGAGACUAUAUUAUGCAGACAGAUAAAGCACAGACUAGUAACCUUCAAAUUAAUCUGUUGCUUUAGUGGUGGAAACAAAAUGUAGCUCUUUUAAAGACUUUUAAAGAUGUGAUCAAACAUCUCUAUUUUCCUCAGGUUGUCGGGUACAGUCUGUUUAGCCUAAGCUAACUACUGGUGAAUCUUUGUCUCCACAGGUCCCUGUCCAAUCCUGGUUUGACGAUAUGAAUGACACAGAGCUCCUGGACCUGUUGCCUUUCUUCGAGGGACUCAGCAAAGAGAAGGAGGUUUACGGAGUCCUGCAGAACUUGAGAGGGAGGUAGCAGGACACGCCACAGUACUCCUCUCUGUCCAGCUCCGCCCCGCUCUACAGCCACAUCAUCUCUCAGACUCAGGCAGAUCCUCCCACAUGCGUCCCUCUUGUCUCUGCCCCAAGGGGACGCCCUGGAGUCUCACUGUGGAAACCCUCAUGAAACCCCGUCUCUGCUCUCAUCUCCUGGUGACCGGCUGCCUUCUGAGUGCCAUCAGAAAAAGAAAUAAACACUAAAUAUCCCAGGAGCACUGUGUUUCACAAUAAAAAGCACCAGAACGUGUACAGAGCGUCUUUGGUUGAUUAUAUUUGGGACAGAAAGCUAAGAGGAUUGAACUCUGGUCUUUAUUUUCAAACCAAGAAGUUUUACUAUUUGGUGAAGUGCUUGUUUUAAAACCAAAAAAAAAAAAAAAGAAACAACUUUUUUCCUGAAACUUCUUUUGUGGUACCACGCAAAAGCCUGAGAAGAAUUUGUCCUUGUAUUGUUGCUAUGCAGGCAGUUUCUGGUAGUAGGAAGGACUGUGAUUCUCUUUUCUUACCGAAUGAAGUGCCUUGUGUGAAUGUUGUUUAUAUAGGGAGAUAUUUUGUACAUGGCAUAUUUCAGAGUACUCCAGUCUUUACACACAUGAUAUGCUUUAAAGUGGACACAGACGUAUUUUGAAAAACAAGCUUUUCUUUGUUUUUUUUGAACAUCAGACGCUGGGUAAAUUGUCUCCAUAGUAUUCUUUUUAUUUUGACCAGUAUGCUUGUGCCAUUAUUUAGAUGUGACUUUGUUUCUUUCUGCUUUUCAUUAUAUGUAGAACUAGUUACUUUGUUUUAGGCAGAGGAGUACGUUUGCAAUUGUGAACUUUAAGCCCCACCUUGAACUCCAGUAGAUCUUUGUGUUUGAUAGUUUUGAUCUGGAUUUCAGAUAAAAUGUGCCAUUUACUUUUGUCUCUCGUAUAACCCUGCCCUUUCUCUUAUCUUUGUUUUUUUUAUUUGCCAAAUAAGGAAAUUCUUUUCUAACAGGCUUCAUAUCUUAAACAGGGGUCAGCUCAAAAUGUUAAAGCAUUAGUAGUAAGUAUAGCAUUAUAAGUUUGAUUCUCUUUUUGACGGACAGCUGUCAAACACAUUUGUAUCUUUUUAAUGUUAUGUUUGUCAUGUCAUGCUUAUCAUAUGAUUAGCUUUUAGCCCUCAGCUCGAUUUUCUUUGUUUUCUUGGCACAUAAGAGGUGCAGCUUCAUGCUGAGAGGAUUCACUUCCUCCAGAUUUGUACACAGUUGCAAAGGUAUCCCUUUUUGUUGUUCCAAAUGGUCUGGGAUCUUGUGAAAACUGGGUUGAGUGCCAUGUUUUAAAAAUUUCUUGAGGUCAGUGUCAUAAGAGGGAUAUCGUUUAGUUUCUGAUUGAGUCUGGACAGCGUUACAGUCACACCAUCUCUCCUGAUUUAUACACAGUGUCGGCGUUGUGUUAAACCGGAGGGGACCAUGUGCGGUGUUUACCUUCCCAGACUCUCUUUUACUGCUCUUCACCUCAGUGCCUACGUCUUGAGAGGAGCCACACAAACCGAAUGCUGCAACAUUAGCUACCAUGGCAAUAACCUUUGUGGGGGGAAGUUUCCAUCCCGAGUAUUUGGUUUGGGUGUCCAGAGCACUUGACUCAGCUCGCCAGCAGAGGUUUGGUAGACAGUGAAGGCUGGCCUGGUUAUCGUAAUGACUUUUAGUGUUUAUUAUUGAACUUUGAGCCUUUUAUUUGUUUGUUUUUACCCUAAACUGGACAUGCACAUUUAUCAUUUGGUCAUAUUUAGAAGAUAAUUGAAUGAAUUUCCUCAGAAUAUAAAUACUGACAUGACUUGAAUGUUGCUCGAUUUACUUCAGCAACAUCAGCCAAACAAACCUUGUUUAGUGAACUCUGUUGCCAUCCAUAUAUCCUUUUCAGCUGUGGAAGAAAUGUUUAAAAGACGCCUUCCAAACCCACAGACGGUGCUCGACCUCUAUGUGUUAAGGUCCAAUUCAAAGUGGAACAACAGUGGAGCACCGCCGAAGGACUGUGAAGACCCUCUUCAUGGCGUUGAUGCCUGACUACUUGUGGAGGCUCAAAGCAAUGUUUCUCCAUGGACUUUAAGGUUCCAGCUUCACCUUUACGCUUCUUCUCAUUAGCAUUUAUGUUAUGGAGUAUAAACAAACAGCUCAGUCAAGUGUGAAGACGGGCUGUUUGAACCAACAUUGUAAAACAGUAAAGAAGAAGCAAUGAAGCCUCAGUUUUCUACUGCUUUUAUUGCUUGUUUUGAGGGUCAUGAUGUUAUCCUGAAAAGACCUGCACGACUUUUUUUUUUUUUUUUUUAUCAUGGAAAGGCUGCUGCUCCUUCAGUCGUUUUCAGACAUUUUGUUUGUUUUUUUACAGAAGUAAAAGUGUUGGUGGUGAGUGCUGAGCUCAUGAGGAUGGUUUCAGUGCAAUGUCCUUUUAGAAAAAGCAUUCGGUCGACUCUCAACCUCUCAAUGAUUUACUUUUCUCUGAAAAUGUUCUUUGUAUCAUUGUGGUAUUUUUCUACCUACCGUUUGUCAGUAUUUGGUUUCCAAAGUCGCCUAUCAACCAUUGUAUCCAUCUUUUUGCUCCUUUCUGUAAUCCUCUCUCUUGCCUUUGGUCGGUCAGGUCUUGUCUUUCCCAUCAGGGGACAUGCGUGUGUGUGUGUUUAAGUGUGUGUGCACAGGCAUCAUGUUUGUGCUUCCGUACAGUGUUUCUUUGUGUUUUUCUCUUCACUCCCGAUCACACAUUCAUUUUUUUUUUUUUUAAUUGAUUUGACACCAAAGUUCUUCAACACUUGAGUUCAAGUCACUGUGCUUUUGUUCGGGUUAUUCACUUUAUUUUUUGAACACUUGUUGGCUCUUGUUGCAGCGUCUUGUCAUCCUGACAUCAGUUUAAUUUUUCUUUCCAUAAUAAAAGGCUUCAUUGAAACAAAUCCACCAUGUCUUCUUUCUUUUUUUACUCAGAUGUCUGAUAGAGUUCAUAAAAUACAGCCAAAGAUCAUCACUUCAGACCGGUGUGAUUGAGGUUUUUAUCGUCUGUACCUGAUGUGGACUAUUUACACCAAAAGUAACGAGAGAGAUUUCUAUUGUUAGUUAAUUUUAAAGUGAAGUCAUUUUUCUGUCUUCAGUUCCUUACAGUAAUGUCACAAUAAAG